GAAACGCAGAACCCCGAGGUGAAGAUGGUGGAGAGAGCCUAAUAGUCGUAAAACUUUUAAUUAUUGAUCCCUCUUUUCUUUGUCCCUUCGUUUAUGGCUUCUUUGCAAAGCUUGAGGAACAAUAAGGGGUUGAGAAUUCAAAGUGGGGGAUAAAAACUUAUACUAGUAGCUGAGAAACCCAAUGCAAAACCAAAGAAGAUAGAUUUGGGAAUUGAGGCCAAUGCAAAGGCCAAUGCCUAGGCAAAUGCAAUCCUUGAACCACCAAAACCACCACCACCAUCUCCGCACCUACCACUUCUUUUACCACAAUCUUUGUCUAAUUUUCUUUCUUCUUCUUCUUCUUCUUUCACAGUCUUCUUCUUCUUCUGCUGCUGCUGCUGCUGCAUUUGCUUACAAUGAAGUUGAGGUGCUUCUUUCCUGGCUUCAUCUUUCUCCCUCACCACCACCUGUUUUCUCAAACUGGAAUCCUUCUGAUUCUAAUCCUUGUAAAUGGUCCUCCAUUCAGUGUUCAUCGGAUAAUUUCGUCACCGAAAUUAACAUCCAAUCCGUUCCGCUUGCUAUUCCAUUUCCAACCAACAUUUCAUCCCUUCAUUCCCUCCAAAGCCUUGUAAUUUCUGGUGCUAAUCUCACAGGAACCAUCCCACCUGACAUUGGUGACUGUAGUUCACUAAAAACUAUUGACCUCAGCUUUAAUAGCCUUGUGGGAAGCAUUCCAGCCACCAUUGGUAAGCUUCAAAGUCUUGAGGAUUUGAUUCUCAACUCGAAUGGACUAACUGGAAUCAUCCCAGUGGAGUUAAGUGAUUGCCUUGCCCUGAAAAAUCUACUCUUGUUUGAUAAUGGGCUCAGUGGGAAUCUUCCUGUUGGGCUGGGAAAGCUUGAAUCUUUGGAAGUAUUAAGAGUUGGAGGGAACAAAGAGAUUGAUGGAAAGAUACCUGAAGAACUUGGAAACUGUCAGAACUUGACAGUUUUAGGUCUUGCUGACACACAAGUUUCUGGUUCUAUUCCAGCUUCAUUAGGUAAGCUCAGCAAGCUUCAGGUGUUGUCAGCUUAUAUCACGAUGCUUUCAGGCGAAAUACCUGCAGAGAUUGGGAACUGUACGGAGCUUGUUUACUUGUAUUUGUAUCAGAAUAGCUUGUCAGGUUCAAUUCCUGCUGAGUUGGGCAAGUUGCAGAAACUUCAGAAGAUGUUGCUGUGGCAGAAUAAUCUUGAGGGGCAUAUCCCUGAAGAAAUCGGAAACUGCAGAAGUUUGGUUAUUAUUGAUUUAUCAUUGAAUUCUUUUACUGGAAGCAUACCUUUGUCCUUUGGGAAUCUUACUAAUCUUCAAGAGUUGAUGCUUAGUAACAACAAUAUUACUGGUUCUAUUCCCCCGGUGCUGGCUAAUGCUUCUAGCCUGAUACAGUUGCAGCUAGAUACUAACCAGAUUUCUGGAUUCAUCCCCAAGGAGCUUGGUUUGUUGACAGAGCUGACUGUAUUGUUUGCUUGGCAGAACAAGCUGGAAGGAAGCAUUCCAGCAGAAAUCGCCGGUUGCCGAAGCCUCCAGGCCCUGGAUUUGUCACACAAUUUUUUAACAGGCAGCCUUCCCCCUGGCCUGUUUCAGCUGAAGAAUUUAAGCAAACUUCUAAUCAUUUCCAACGACAUUUCAGGUCCCAUCCCCCGUGAGAUUGGCGGUUGCACUGCCCUGAUGAGAUUAAGGCUGACUGAUAACAAGCUCAGUGGAUCGAUUCCAAGUGAGAUUGGGCUCCUCAGCGGUCUUAAUUUUCUUGACCUUUCUAAUAACAAUCUCAUUGGCUCAAUACCUGAAGAAAUUGGAAAUUGCAAAGACUUGCAGUUGCUGAAUCUGAGCAACAACUCACUUGGUGGAUCUUUGUCGAGCUCUUUAUCUUCUUUGACCAGGCUUCAGGUCUUGGAUGUCUCACUCAAUCGUUUUUCUGGUCAGAUUUCUAGUAGUUAUAGUCAGCUUUCGUCUCUGAAUAGACUUGUUUUGAGUAGAAAUUCUUUCUCCGGGUCAAUCCCUCCCACACUAGGCAGCUUGACAGACCUUCAAUUGCUUGAUUUAAGUAGCAACAAUUUCUCAGGCAAUGUUCCAGUGGAACUGUUUAAAAUACAGGCCCUGGAAAUUGCUUUGAAUUUAAGCUGGAAUUAUUUGACAGGGAAAAUCCCAUCUGAAAUUUCUGCUCUGAAUAAGCUCUCUGUUCUGGACCUUUCUCACAACAAUCUUGAAGGAGAUUUGGCUGCUCUAUCUGGGCUGGUAAACCUUGUUUCUCUGAAUAUAUCUUACAAUAACUUCACAGGUUAUCUUCCAGAUAAUAAGCUGUUCAGACAGUUAUCACCAGCUGAAUUAGCAGGGAAUGAAGGGUUGUGUUCUGGAGGUCAUGUUUCGUGUUUCUUGAGCAACGGACCAGGCAUGGGACUGUCUAGCAACCAACACGACAGGCGAUCCUGGAAACUAAAAUUGGCGAUUGCGCUUCUUGCUGUCCUAACAAUAGUCUUGGCAAUUUUGGGAUUUUUCGCUGUUUCUCGCCUCCGAAGUAUGAGUAGUAAAGAUAGUGAAUCUGGUCUGGGAGGAGGGGAUAUAUCCCCCUGGAAAUUUACUCCUUUCCAGAAACUAAACUUCACAGUUGAUCAAAUUUUGAGGUGCUUAGUGGAAGCUAAUGUGAUUGGAAAGGGAUGUUCCGGAGUUGUUUAUCGGGUAGAAACUGAAAACGGUGAAGUCAUAGCAGUGAAGAAACUAUGGCCUUCAACAACCUCAGCUGCAGGAUACAAAUUCAGAAAUGAUCAACUCGGAACCAGUGGAGGGUUCCGUGAUUCAUUCUCAACGGAGGUAAAAACACUUGGCUCAAUCCGACAUAAGAACAUUGUGAGAUUACUAGGUUGCUGCUGGAAUCAAAGCACAAAGUUGCUAAUGUAUGAUUAUAUGCCUAAUGGAAGUCUGGGAAGUCUUCUGCAUGAAAAAAGUGGUGGCUGCCUGGAAUGGGAAGUUAGAUAUCAGAUUAUCCUUGGUUCAGCGCGUGGUUUAGCCUAUUUACACCAUGACUGCGUCCCUCCAAUAGUUCACAGGGACAUCAAGGCCAACAACAUCCUGAUUGGACUCGACUUUGAGCCCUACAUUGCAGAUUUCGGACUGGCAAAACUCGUUGAUGAUGGCGAUUUUGGUCGAUCCUCCAAUACAGUUGCUGGUUCAUAUGGGUACAUUGCUCCAGAAUAUGGAUACAUGACGAAAAUCACAGAGAAAAGUGAUGUGUACAGCUAUGGGGUAGUAGUCCUGGAAAUUUUAACAGGAAAACAGCCGAUUGAUCCCACAAUACCCGAUGGACUUCACAUUGUGGAUUGGGUAAGACAGAAAAGGGCAUCUGCAGAGGUGCUAGAUCAAAGCUUGCUUUGCAGGCCUGAACUGGAGAUUGAAGAAAUGAUGCAAACUCUGGGUGUAGCUGUUCUCUGUGUAAACCCGUCGCCUGACGACAGGCCUUCAAUGAAAGAUGUUGCAGCAAUGCUGGAAGAAAUAAGACAUGAGAAAGAGGAAUACAUGAAAGUAGAUAUGCUUCUUAAAGAUCAUCCACAAGGAAAUGAGAAUGGAGGAGCAGCUGGAAAAGAACACAAGGAAAAUUGUGUUAGUGGAGGAGGGACAUCAUCAACAAGUAUGAAGAAUUUGAACCUGCAAAGCAAUAACACCAGCUUUUCUGCAUCUUCAUUGCUUUAUUCUUCUUCUUCGCUUGGCAAAGGUGGAAUCAAGUAGAAACGAAGAGGAACAUUUCCCGAAACCGCAGCCAGAGUUUCUAUAGAUUUAGGACAUAUUUUUUUUCCUUAAUGUCCUUGAAAAGUUUUCAUUCAUUUGAUUUACUUUGAAAAUUGUAUUUUGGAGAUUGACUCUGUUGUUCUGAGAAAUAAAUAUUGGAUUCCUU